CUGUUUUGAAUGGACCAACAUUUUGUGGAUUAAAACGAAAACGAACCAAGUGCUGAGAUCGUGCCAAGUGUUUUGUGUCCACAGUGUCUUGUCAGUGGUGUUUGUGUGUAUGUGUUAGUGUACGUGUGUGAUUGUGUGUGUGUGGUGUCUUGUCUUGUGUUGGAGCGAGUCAAUGCGCUUCCGCACGAGUCCGGCCACGCCACACCGUCUUGGCCUCUGCCAAAGGUGAUGAGGUGGUAGCGUGAAGUCAAGCCACGACGAGAAACGAGAAGAGUCAGCCGAGAACCAAUCAUCGCAUUGGUUGCGAAAAAAAAAAAAGAAAAGAAAGAAAGAAAGGAAAAAAAAAACAAGGCUUUUCAUCUUCCCUGUUCAUUGGAAAAUUCCAGAACCCAAAACAAAAUAUAACAGAAGAAAAUGGAUGUAUCGAUAGCGGUGCCCAGUCCGCGGGUGCAUUCGGACGCGACGACGGCCUCUGCGGCCCCCUCUGCGGCCCUCAGUUUACCUUCGCCGACGUCGGCGAUGACGUCUGUAGCUGCGCAACAGACGACGACGUCGCCGCCACCCAAUUCGAUGGACACGGGACAGACGACCCUAGUCCACGCCCGGCUCGACGCCCGCGACGUCAUGGCCGCCUCCGAUUCUGGUCAGGAAGACGAGGAGCUGUUGGAAGACGGUAGUCAUCAUCAUCAUCACCAUCACCAUCACCAUGACAGUAGUAACGCGUCGACGCCCAAUGUGACGUCGAAAACAGCCGCCGACAACAACGCCAAUGGGUCGGCCCCGACGGCCGAUGAGGAUGACGACGCCGAAGAGGACGAGGACGAUGACGAUGAAGACGAUGAGGACGAUGACGACGAUGUUGAACGCUUCGAUGGAAAGAUCGUUUACAAUCCGGACGGCUCUGCCUACAUCAUCGAAGAGAAUAGCCAGGGAGGCGGCAGCGAUUUGGAGGAUAUCGCCGUCAGAUUGCCGAAACUGGAAGGCGCCAUUGUGGACGGCCGUCGAGGAGCGCAGAACUUGGACGACGUGGCCGCUUCGCUGCCGCAGAUUGCCAGCGCUCUCUACGUGUCCCGGCCGCAGGCUAAACAGCGCCUUUACUACGGGGCUAACAGCAGCGCGUGUUCCGGCAGCGACGGCGGCGGCGGCGGCGGCGGCAAACACUCGGCCGCCGCCAGAGCCAACGCGGCCGAGCCCGUCAUGCACAGCUUCCGCGUCUACUCUGCCCGCCGCAAUUCCGAUUCGAAGAGCAACGCGCCAGUACCUGCCGCCUUUUCGAUUGCCGACUGCGGCGGCAGCCACUCGUCGGUGCCCAUCAAGCCGAUCCUCAUGUGUUUCGUGUGCAAACUGUCGUUCGGCCUGGCCAAGACGUUGGUGUCGCACGCGACGGGCGAGCACGGCGUGCGGCUGGACGACGAAGAGAAGCGCAUCUUGGGCCAGGCCAACACGUCGGCCAUCCUGCAGCUGGUUGGCAAGAGCAAAGAGCCGGUCGUUUCGUUUCUCGAGCCAGUCACGUCGUCCGUCAACCAGGUAACAGCCGGGCAACAAGAGCCCAGCAACAGUCAUAAUAAUAAUCACUCGUCGUCCGCCGACGACAUGGACGCUGACGAUAUCAAAACGGAGCCGGCCAACAACGACGAGUCGUUUGAAACGAAAGAGACGUCGUCCGUCUCGUUCAAUCGGCCCCGUUCCAGCAGUCCCGUCGGUAACCAUAGCAACAGCAACAACAGUAACAACAGCAACAACAACAACAACAACGGCCGAACGAGCGUCUCGUCGCCGUCUGCCGCCAGUUCGGCCACGCCGUCUCCGCUCUCGCCGCAGCUCCAACUGACGCCGGCCAACGUCAGCAUGGCUUCGAUCGCGGCGGCCGCGGCCAGCUUCGGCAACCCGUUUUUCAGUCAACAGCUGCAGCAGCAGCAACAACAAAUGUACCAACAGCAGCAACAACAACAGCAACCCGACGUCGUCCAGGGCCUGUUGAGUCCAGGCUUGAGCAGCUCGGCGGCGGCGGCCAUGGCCCUGGCCACGCGCAACUCUUGCAAGACGCUCAAGUGCCCAAAGUGCAACUGGCACUACAAGUACCAAGAGACGCUCGAGAUCCACAUGAAGGAGAAGCACCCGGAGAGCGAGACGUCGUGUUUGUACUGCCUAACUGGCCAGCCUCAUCCUCGGCUGGCCCGCGGCGAGACGUACACUUGCGGCUACAAACCUUAUCGAUGCGAAGUCUGCAAUUAUUCGACGACUACCAAAGGUAACCUCAGCAUCCACAUGCAGUCGGACAAACACCUGAACAACGCCCAGGAACUGCAGCAGAACGGCCAGCAAGCGAACGCCGGAAGCGCUGGAGGUGGCGUGGGAGGCGGAAGCGGAAGCGCUCACAACACGAGCGCCGAGUCGCUGACGUCGCCCACCAAGACGGGCCCGGGCGCGUCGUUGCUGCACCACCAUCACCAUCAUCAGCAGCAGCAGCAGCAGCAACAGCAGCAGGCCGCCUCGCUGCAGUCUGCCGUGAACAACCCGACGUCCGUCAACACUAUGACCGGCAGCCCGGCUACGUCGUCUUCGGUGCCGUCGAGCCAGUUGGCGAAAUUGACGGCGCCGGCCAAUAAGCCGACGUUCCGCUGCGACGUUUGCAACUACGAAACGAACGUCGGACGCAAUUUGCGCAUCCACAUGACGAGCGAGAAGCACACGCACAACAUGAUUAUGCUCCAGCAGAACGUCAAGCGCAUGCAACAGCUCUCGGUCCUCCAGCAACACGAUCCGUCUUCCGUCGCGGCCAUGCAAUCGGCGCCCGGCGGAGCCGAGGCUGCGCUAGCCGAUAUGGCCUACCAGCAGGCGCUCUUCAUCCAGAUGAUGACGGGAGGCCAACUGCCCGGACAAGGUGGGCAAAUGGCCGACUCGCAAUCUCCGUGGGCGGCGGCGAUGGGCGCCGCGGUUGCUGCUGGUGCCGGUGGCGGUGCCGGUGCCGGACAGUCGAUGGCCGGCGUGGGGCCGUUGGUUGAUCCGGGCCUCAAUCCCGAAACGAUGGAGCCGCUUCCGGAGCCGAUGGAUCCUAAUCCGUCUCACGUGUUCCAGUGUCUGGUGUGCAGCGUCUUUUGCGGCGACGUUGCCGAAGUGGUUGCCCAGCAUGUUUCGGCCGACCGUUCGCGCCAGCGGGAACACGAAGCCCUGCUCCUCAUCGGCGGCCAUUACCUGUGCCGACUCUGCGCCUACAAGACGACGCUCAAAGCCAAUUUCCAGCUGCACUGCAAGACGGACAAGCACUUGCAGCGGCUGCAGCACGCGACGCACAUCCAGGAGGGCGGCGCCCGCAACGACUGGAAACUCCAGUACGUGACGAGCACGACGAACCCGGUCCAGCUGCGCUGCAACGUCUGCGAGUACUACACCAACAGCGUCCACAAGCUGCAAGUGCACGCGGCCAGUCCGCGCCAUCAGCUGGCCGUCGAGCUCUUCCGCUUUGCUUCCGACGAGGCGGCCGCUUUGGCCAGGUCGAACGGCAGCGGCGCCGUUCAAUUCCAGUGCCGCCUCUGCCAAUACGAUUGUCCCAACAAGACGGCCUUGCUCCAGCACGCCCGCUCCCUCCGCCAUUGCCAACUGGAACAGCUGGCCGAACUUCAGCGACGCAGCACGGCCAGCGCCAACGGCUCCAAGGAGAUUCUCGGCCCGCUCGAACUCCGCGAUCUCUUCGCCGCCGUCCCCACGGCCGCCGAUUCGGACGACGAAGGAGCGCCAUCAUCGCAACUCCAGUCAGCUAAUGGAACAGAAGCCGACCGAGCUCACCUCCUGACCGAUCACGACAUGUCCACUGCGACAACAACGAAGAGUUUGCGGCUACAACAACAACAACAGCAAGCCGAACAAGUGACGAACAAUAACGAAGCCAAAGCGUCGAAUGAAGAAGGCAGCAACACGGGCGUGAGUUGCCCCCUGUGCCAGAACCGUUUCGCCGACCGGGCUCAAGUGGAGCAACACGCCGCCACGGUGCACAACGUCAACGCCGAGGGCCUGGAACGUCUCAUGCUGCUGGUGGAGCAGGCCAACUGGCUCAACGCAGCCAUGCAACAACAACAACAGCAACAGCAACAGCAACAGCAACAACAACAACCACAACAACCACCAGCAGCAGCAGCAGCAGCAGCAGGUAACAACAACGCUCUGUGCCGGCCUGAGGAAGACGCGAGGCGCGAAUCGCCGUCCUCUGGCGAGGACGAGAGCGAAUCGCCCGCUCCCGUGGCCGCUCUCCUUCACCAGCAACAGCAGCAGCGCGGCCAGCAACAGGCGGCCGUCGUGCCGCCGGCCGCCACCGUCUCGGAGAGGCACGCCUACAAAUACCGCUGCCCUCAGUGCUCGCUGGCCUUCAAAACGCUGGACAAGCUGCAAUUGCACUCGCAAUAUCACGUCAUUCGCGACGCCACAAAGUGUCCACUUUGCGGACGAUCAUUCCGCUCCAUCUUGUCCCUCCAGAAGCAUCUGGAGAGCUCGCACGCCGAGCUCACCGACGAGGAGGCCAACGUCCUGCGCCAGAGCCUCUUGUCGCACCCGUUGCUCCUCAGCGGACUGGCCGGACAGGCCAGCGAAGCGGCCAUCAGCGAAUACCUUCGCCGCGAACAGGCCGCCGCCGCCGAACUCUCUGGCGGUGAGGACGAAACGGACCAGGAAGAUUCGGCACUGCUUCAGAACUCCGGGCUGCUGGCCUCCACCAUGGACGAGGGUCAAGAGGAAAGCGAAGAGAUGGAUCACGAUCAGAUGGGCAGCGACUGCGGCCUGGCGCACAACCACAGCCAGAAGGGCGGCAUGGCGGGCGGGAACGGGGGCGCGACGGCAGGUCACGGCGAGCAGGUCCACCAGGGCACUCCGCUGGAGGAGUACCUCAACAGCGCCUCGGUGGCCGAAGAGACUUACGCCGACCCGGUCCGUCGCCACAAGUGCCAUCGGUGCAAGAUGGCUUUCACGUCUCAGAGUUACCUGACUAGUCACAACAAGACGAUGCAGCACCGCAAGGGCGAGAAGCUGCACUACCCCAUGGAGAAAUACCUGGACCCCAACAGGCCGUUCAAGUGCGACGUCUGCAAAGAGUCGUUUACGCAGAAGAACAUCCUCCUCGUUCACUACAAUUCCGUCAGCCAUUUGCACAAGCUCAAGAGGGCCGCUUCCCUCGCAGAGCCGGCCGCCGCCGCCGCUUCACCAGUCACACCCUUGCCGCCGUUGAUCGCCAGACCGGAACGGCCCGUCACGGCCAAUUCGACCUGCUCCACAGGAGGAGCCGCCAACGCCGCCAACGAGUCGCCGGCCGGCGGCCUGAACGGCAACAACAACAACAACAAUAGCAGCAACAACAGCAAGCCGUGGAAGUGCAACAUUUGCAAAGUGGCCUACAGUCAAGGAUCGACGCUGGACAUUCACCUGCGCUCCGUCCUCCAUCAGACGAGGGCGUCGAAAUUGCAAGAGCUCGCAGCUGCCGGACAGAUUGAUCUGACCCGGCCAUUGAUCGAACAGCCGUCACCUGGGACGGCCGCCGUUCAGAGCUCGCCCGAAUCGCCCGCCCUGCCCGGCCGUAAGACGAGCCCCGUCGCCAUCGAAAACGGGCUGGAUCAGCAGCAACAUCAGCAACAACAGCAACAGCUGGCCAUGGCCCUCGGACAACUCUACGGCCUGUCGGCUGAGCAACUGUUCCAGCAACAGCAGCAGCAACAGUUGGUCCAGCAGUACUACUCGGCCGUCGGCUUCAACAAUGCCGACAUCAAUUGGCCGAAUAACGCGAAAAUGGCCGAACGGGCCGACGAUUCGCCCGUCGCCCUACCCGACGACAACGCCAACAACAACAACAACAAAAUGAAUCUGCCCGCCCGGCGAUCGUCGCGCAUGCUCAAACACCUGCUGGGCAGUUACGGCUUCGAACUAGUGAUGCAAUUCAACGAGUGCCACCAGAAGCAACGCGGCGCCGGCCAACCUAAACAGCAGCAGCAGCAACAACAACAACUGCAGCGGGGCGACGACCAGCAGCAACAACAACAGCAACAACAAUCUGGCGUCAAUAACAUCAACCUCAACAGCUCGACGGCCAGCGAUCCGGCCGAAGAGGAGAACAAAGAAAACGCCAUGGAGACGGACUCUACAGUCCCAGCGGACAAGACGCCCGAAAUCCAGCGCUGCGUCUGCCCGCUCUGCCACAAGAGCUUCUCCAGUAUUUGGGUCCUCAAGGCGCACAGCGAGGAGGUCCAUCGUCAGAUGGUGCCGCCCCAUUGCGUCGAACAAUGCGCCGACGAGAUUAAACGGACGGCCAACCUCAACACUUCGACGUCGGCUCCGGCCGGCGUCGGACCUCAUUUGUCGCCCGUCGAACGGCUCCCGCCGCCGGGCAAUAUCGAUCGAGCCGAGCGCGAACCGACGGCCGAACUGGCCGUCGGCGAGUCGUCCUCGUCGUCGGCCGGGCCGGCUUCUGUGAAAGCGACGGCAGCGACGCCGCGGCCGGAGAGCACACCUACUCCGCGCACGGCCUCGUCCACUCCGAUUUCGACCAGCGCCGUUGAGUCGGCGGCCCAGGCUCAGGCCCAGCAGGCCGCCCAGAUGCAGCAGUCGCAAUUGGCGCAGCAGAUGAGCGACAUGCAGGGCGUUUUGAACGCCAUGGGAUUGGCGUCGCAGCUUCAACAGCAAUUCAACCCGAUGAUGAUGGGCUUGGCCGGUUUAGGCCUGCACGGCGCCGCCGGACUGGGCUUCAACAUGCCGGCCGCCGCUCUAGCCGCCAUGAACAUGCAGCCGCCGUUGAUGAACCCGUUCAUGAUGGCCGCUGGCCAUUUCGACCCGAUUCAAGCGGCCAUGGCUGCCCAGGCUGCGCAGAACAAUCCGUACCUGCAAUCGGCCAUGGAUCAGCAAGCCGGACAGUACGCCAAACAGCAACAGCAAAUGCAGCAGCAGCAACAACAACAGCAGCAGCAGCAGCAACAGCAGCAGCAGCAACAACAACAACAACAGUCGGCCGCUGGCGGCUCUUCUUCGGCCAACGUUUCGCAGGUAGGAAGUGCGGCCAGCAAUCAGCAACAGCAGCAACAAGCUGGCCAGCAACAAAAGAGAGCUCGCACUCGGAUUAGCGACGACCAGCUCAAGAUUUUGCGGGCCCAUUUCGACAUCAACAACUCGCCGUCGGAAGAGACGAUCGCGGAAAUGGCCCGCCAGUCCGGCCUGCCGCCCAAAGUCAUCAAGCACUGGUUCCGCAACACGUUGUUCAAGGAGCGCCAGCGCAACAAGGACUCGCCGUACAAUUUCAGCAACCCGCCCAGCACGACUCUGAACCUUGAAGAGUACGAGAAGACGGGCGAAGCCAAAGUCACUCAACUGAAAACCGAGGAGCAAAUGGAGAUCCAACGGGCUUUGAUCAGCACUCGGCCCGUGCCGUCGAUCAACAGCAAAGCGGCCAAGACGGCGGCCGCGGCUGCCGCAGCCGCCGCAGCAGCAGCUGUCGCGGCCACCAUGGCCUCGGCCGUCCCGCCUACCGCCGCUGCUCCUGUUCCUACACCCGAGGUGGUUCAAGUGAAGAAGGAAGCCGUCAGCGAAAUGCAGGACACUACGAUCGAAGACGUGGCCAGCCGUUCGACUCCGCAGCUGUUGCCCACGACGCCCGGCAAUCCGUUCCACAUGCGCAGCGGCUCGCCCAUGACCAACCUAUCGCUGGCCUCGCUCAUCAGUUCGCAGCUGAACGUCGACACGAAGAACUGCCACCUGGCCGCCGGCGGGGGGAUGUUCCCUCCCCGGCCGACGACGAGCGGAUCGGCCCUACCUAGUCCCGCCGCAGCCGGAUUGGCCGGUUUGAGCCCGGGCCGCAUGAGCACCGACCAAAGCCCGUUCAAUUUUUUCGCCACUUCGACUCCGCUGCCCAUGGCCCCUCUCACCCCGCCAGGUGGUGGAGGAGGAGGAGGCGGCAACUCGAGCAGCGGAGGAGGCGGUCCUGGCUCGUCGACGGGCAAACGCGCCAACCGGACCCGGUUCACCGACUACCAGAUCAAGGUACUGCAAGAAUUCUUUGAGAACAACGCCUAUCCGAAAGACGACGAUCUCGAGUACCUCUCCAAAUUGCUCUCGCUUUCACCACGAGUCAUUGUCGUCUGGUUCCAGAACGCCCGCCAAAAGGCGCGCAAAGUCUAUGAAAAUCAGCCGCCAGUUGCCGGAAGCGCCGGCGAUCCGGCUUCCACUUCUGGAUCGGCCACUCCUGGAUCUGGAACGUCGGGAGGUGGAGGAGCGGGAGCUGGAACGGACACCGAUGGUUCGGGCCGUUUCCAGCGAACGCCCGGACUCAACUACCAAUGCAAAAAGUGUCUGCUCGUCUUCCAGCGCUACUACGAGCUCAUCCGCCAUCAGAAGACGCACUGCUUCAAGGAAGAGGACGCCAAGCGAUCGGCCGUCGCCCAAGCGGCGGCCGCCCAGGCUGCCGCUUGUUUUUCAUCGUCGGACAACGACAACAGCAACUCGAGCUCCCUGGCCGACGCUUCCGUCAUGAGCGGAACGGCCUCGUCUUGCGGCAACGCUCCGCUCUUGACCAGUUUGCCCAAAUCAUCGUCGACGACGCUCAUCAAGACGGAAGCCAACGUCAGCUCAGCUCCUCCGCCACCGCCACUCAAACAGACGGACCAGUUCCAAACGCAACCAUCGACGCAACAACAACAACAACAACAGCAACAACAACAGGCCCAGUCGCAAAACGACUCGGCUUUCCACUGCGAACAAUGCGGAUUGACAUUUUCGCGCUUCGAUCUCUGGCGCGAACAUCAGAUCGUCCACAUCAUGAAUCCGGAUCUGUUUGCCAGCGGCGCCGCCAGUAAAAUGGCCGCCGGAAUGGAAACCCAAUACGCGGCUUUACUCCAGCAACACCAAGCCGCCGUCGUGGCCGCUGCCGCCGCCCAACUCUCGGCAAGUCUCCCGGCCGCCAGCGCCGGAAGCAGCGGACAGAUGACCCCGCCGUCCUCUGGCGCUCUGAUUCCGUCUGGAAGUAAGCGGAAGCACGAGGUGGUCGAAGAGGACGAGGAUCGCGGCGGAGGCGCCGGCGGGUGCGGCGGCAGCGGCAGCGGAGGAGGCGGCACGGACGGAGACGGACAACCACGCGACAAGCGUCUUCGGACGACGAUCCUGCCGGAGCAGUUGGAUUUCCUCUACCAGCAGUACCAGCUGGAAUCUAAUCCGUCACGGAAGAUGCUGGAGACGAUCUCGCGCGAAGUCGGCCUGAAGAAACGCGUCGUCCAGGUGUGGUUCCAGAAUACUCGAGCCCGCGAGCGCAAAGGUCAGUUCCGGGCCCAUGCCCAGGUCAUCAACAAGCGUUGUCCAUUUUGUCCGGCCCUGUUCAAAGUCAAAUCGGCUCUCGAGUCUCAUUUGGCCGGCCGACAUCCGGACCAGUUGGCCAAAGGCGAAGUCAACAUCGACGCCCUGCCCGACAUGACCGACGACGACUCGGACACUGGAAUGAACCUGAACAGCUCUCCUCAUUUAGGUUCUAGUUCCGUCUCGGCGGCGACGUCGGCCGACGCCAACUCGGCCGCCGCCAUCCAGGAAGCCUUGACUAAGAGACUCUCGGCCGUUUCCAACUACCAGCAGUCGAUGGCCUCCCUCUCGAUGCUCUCGUCCCUCUACUCGCAGGGCUUUGUAGCUCCCCUGCCCGGCUUUGAGGGCAAGGCUGAAGACGCCCUCAAGCGCUACGCCAGCGACUAUCUGGCCAACGCCGGAAACGGCGGCAACAACGGAGCCUCAUCGGCGGCCGCAGCGGUGGCCAGCGCGACGGCCGGCGGCAACGAACAGCGCCCAUCGACGGGCAAUCCAACUGGAGACGCUCCGCUAGAUCUGAGCCGGCCUCUGUCGUCGCUGCCGCAAGGUCUGACGCAGGUGCGACCAGAAAGCGCCAUGCAAUCGGACGUCGGGACGGACGACAACCGCUCGGAGCACUACAUGGACUACUUUGACGAAAGCAACCCGUCUUCCCCGUUGCCCUACGGCAAGAUGGGCGGCGGUGGGGGUGGCGGCGGCGGUGGCAACCAAAGCAAUUCGGGCAACGCCAGCGUGACGGGCUCGGCGUCCGGCGGCCAGAACAAACGGUUCCGGACGCAGAUGAGCGCCGUCCAGGUCCGCGUCAUGAAGUCGCUUUUCUCCGACUACAAAACACCGACGAUGGCCGAAUGCGAAGCUCUCGGCCGCGAGAUCGGCCUGCCCAAACGGGUCGUCCAGGUCUGGUUCCAGAACGCGCGGGCCAAAGAGAAGAAGAACAAGUUGAACGCCCAGAAAGCGGCCGGAGAUUUGUCGGGCAGCGAGAGCGCCACCAAACAGCCGGACGGCUGCGACCUUUGCGAUUUCAAAUAUUCGCACAAGUACGCCGUCCAGGACCACAUUUUCACCCACCAGCACAUCGAACGCGUCAAGAUCCACGUGGCCGAGCAGUCGGGCAAACACGGCGACGACAUGCCGUCGUCGGCGCAACGUCCAUCCAAGAGCGGCUCGGGCCAUCAGCAAGACGGUCAAGAGCCAUCGACGCCGGUCGGCACGGGCGCAUCCAGCGCCGAGACGACGACUUCGCCGCCCAGCAACGCGGCCGAAUCGGCGCAGCUAGAAGCCCUGCUCCUUCACCAACUGUACGGCAUGGGCUACGGAGCGGCCGGUGUUCCAGCUGCGGCUCUGGCGGCCGCGGCCGCCGCAGCAGCCGCCUCGUCGUCGUACAACAACUCCCAGCAACAGCAGCAGCAACAACAACAGCCGAGCACCAACGUCAUGGCUGCCGGUCCGGCAGGAAUGUGGGGUCAAGGUGGUGAGAACUAUCUGUUGGCCAUGCUCCAGCGGAGUCCAGCAGCCCUACAGCAAAUCGCCAAGACCUUCUCGGAGUCGGGAGUAUCUGAGGCACGUUUUACGCUGGACGGCAGCACUCGAUCGUCGCUGGCCGACCAUUUGACAUCGACGGAAAUGAAAUUCAUACGGACGCAUUCGACUGACGUCGGCGUCUUGUGCAAAGCGUGUCAGACGCUCUACGGCUCGGAGGUCGCUGUAGUUCAACACCAAAGGGCCGGCUGCCCACAGACGGCCGAAUCGUCUGCAGCUUCCAGCGGUGGAGCCACUCGUCUGGUUUUGCUGCAACACGAGUGCAUGGCCUGCGAAGAGAAGUGCCCCACCUUGGCUGAAUUGCGCAAUCACCUGAACGGCGAGCCUCACCGACGCCAGACGGCCAAGUUGACGGGCAAUAUGGUCAACGGAAACGCCACCUCGACGUCCAGCAGGUUAGCCGACGAUCAGCUGCCUCUCCUUCCACCGAUGCAAGCCAAUUCUCCAUCCAGCGGACUCAGCUCGCAAAUCGAGGACGUGGUCAAGCAGUUGACCGCUCUCGCCCAGGCGACUGCGACCAAUCCGGGAGCGGCAGCGCCAUCCUUUGGCGUCAAAAAUAACAGCGGCGACUGCGACACCAACGCCAACAUCGCCCAGCGCAAAGCCGCUACCUACGGACAGUGAACAUGGUCGGCAUUGAAUUGUUUUUGGUUGCCGAACCCUACCGAUUAUGACGAACCCGCCCCCUCCCCCAUCGAAUGUGACCAAGAAAUGAAUGGACGACUAUAUCUUUCGUUUUGUGACGUGUUGUUGCGAGAGACAACUGGAAAAAAAGACGGUGGUUCUUUGCCAUUUUUUUCCCCAAACCAAACUCUGGAACGCUCGCUCUCUAGUUUUGUGUGGGUGUCUGCCGUGUCCGUUUUACCUGUGUAUGUGUAUAUGUGUGUGUGUGUGUGUGUGUGUUUGGCACUCUAUUUACUCCUAUAUACUACUACCACUACUAUUACUACUACUCUCUAUAACCCUUCCCUCCAUUACAAUAUUCCGGUUUACGAGCCGGUGUUACCGCACGGACUUUGAUGUGGUGGAACUAAGAGACUGGAACGUUUUUUGUUUUUUUUUUGUCUUUUCCAUACCCAGUUUUUUCUUUUGGGUCUCCGCCACUCCCGAUGGCCGCGUCGCUACCUGGCCAUAGCUCCGGAUAUAUUCUCACAUGGUUCCUAUUUCACGUAGUGAUAACCAGUACAUAUAUAUAAUAAUAUUUAAAAACAAUAAUUAAUAAUAUUUAAAAAAAAAAAAAAAAUGAAAAAAAAAAAAAAAAUCAAGGCAUUUUCAUUCCACCCAAUUUUUUGUUUUUGUUUCGGUCGUCCUUGAUGUCAUCGUCUGUUCAUUUUUUUUUUUUAUCUUGGAAGGAAAAGAAAGAAAAAUGUUUUUACGAAUCCCCCCCCCCCGUCCCGUCCCUCCCCAAAUGACCCUAGAUUUCCGUGUUUUUAUUUGACACGUAUAUGCUGUAUGUCUGCGUGCAAAUCUCUCGUUCUCUGAAUUUUUUUUUUUUUCGUUUCAUUUUUUGGUUGAAACUCCCUCAUCGAUUUCUUUCCGCGAUUUUGUUUUGACACGACACCCCCCUCGAUUUUGCUCAUUCUUUAUUUUUAUGAUUUAAAAAAAAAAUUGGCGAACUAUCUUGGGCAAUGAAGACGAAAGAUGAGUAAUGGGGAAACCAACGGCUCAUUCGAAUCGUAUGCGAUUAUUCAUUCAUGAAACAAGUCCUCCCACCACAAAUGGUUUUUUUUUUUUUUUGCUCCUGUCGUCAUAUCAUUCGCAGCGCGGGGGCGCGAAAAAAUUUGGAAAUUUCUUUUUGUUUUUCAAAAUUUUGCGAUCGAGGCGAUGCGAUUUUUAAUUUCUAUUUUGCGAUUUUUUUCUUGGAGAAAAAAAAAGAAAUACCUCCCCCCAUUUUUUAACCCUCCCAUGGUCCCCCCUCUCCCAAUGAUCCAAUUUAUCUCUGAAUAUAUAUACAACGCCUAUUGCUUUGUCCACAAGCACCACGAACGAACGUUCCUACGUCGAAAGCCUUGUUAUCGAAGAAGAAAAAAAAAAAAAAAAAAAAGAAAAAAAAAAAGAAAAAAAAAACAAACAAAAAAAAAGGAAUCAUUUUGAAAUAUUUGAAGCUUUUUUUGUUUUUAAAGAGGAAAACGAGGAGUGGAGAGAAGCAAAGAUGAUGAAUAUCCGAUUAUUUCGUCACUUGUAUUUUCUCUCGUGUUUUUUGUUUUCUUGUCGUUCUUUUUUUUUUAUUUGGAUAUAUUUUUUUUCUCCCAAUCAUUUGUGAACGUAAAAAAAAAAAAAGCAGUACUUUUUUUUUUCUUGGUCGAAAUUAUCUUCGUUCUCUCUCUCCUCUCUCUCUCUGUCGUCUUGUUGGAGCUGUCGUGACGCCAUCUCUCGUUAUUAUACACACGAAAAAGAAACAAAAAAAAAAAUUGUGGUUGUUGUUUUGUUUGUUAUUUUUUUUUUUUUUAGCUUACCCCCAAAUGCCAAUUGAUUUCCUUUGGGGGACAUGUGAGAGAGAGAGAAAUUCAAACGUGGCGCCAUCAGCAAUAAUAUCUAGCAACAGCGUUGCCACAACAAUUUUUUAUUAAAUGAUCGGCGUUCGUAUUUUUCACUUCACUAUUUGCGCGUUUCGGAUGAUUUCAAGCAAGCACUUGAGACACUGCCUGCAAAACACACAGUGAAAAAAAAAAAAAAGAAAAGAAAAGGCUGAUGAAUCAUUCCUUUUUUUUUUCUUUUGUGCUGCCAUUUUACGAGUAGAAGUGUUUUUUUUUUUUUUUUAUGUCGUUUGAUGGAAGAAACAAAAAUUCCAUGACUACAAAGGAGGAUAUCACAUGAUGCGCAGCGUUUUGAAUUGCGCCAAGGCUAGUUUUGUUUUGCGUGAAUUCAGAGUACCAGUUACGACUAUCUAUAUAUACAAUUGUUUGUAUUAUUGGCGUUUUUCGAUGGUUUCCACGUUUCUUUGUUCUCUCCUCUUCUCCUGUUAUCAUUUUCGGCUUUUUUCGAAACAUUUUUUUGUGUGCGUGUGUCGUGUUGAUUUUCUUGACACAAUCGUUCGUCUUUUUUUUUUUUUUAUGAUUAUUUUUACGACGAUGAAAUGAUCAUUAUCCAAGGCUACCUCACCUGGAUACUCAAGUUCCUAUCAAAUAAAGCCUUUCUGACGACGACGACAACAACACAUCAACAUCAAAGUGAAAAGAAGAAAAAUACAUAGUCUCUCUGUCACGUAAGACAUCCCUUCGCUGAAAGAAAAGAAAACAUUCUUUUUUCUUUUUUGGUGGUAUUAAAUCAAUGUGUAACAGACACAUGAGCAUUCCCGACGAGGUGUACAGUACGUGUGUAUGUAGAGUGGCGCCAAGUUUGUGUUCCAAACAAAAAUAUUUUUCCCCCCUUCGAUAGAAAAAGGUGGGCGGGCGGAAUCCUGCCGAUUUUUUUUUUUUUUUUUUUUUUUUUGAGCAAACGUUUUUCAUUUUAUCAGACAACAUUUUGUUUUGUCGGUUUCGUUUUCUUUUUUUUCUUUUCGAAUAAAGAAAAAUCUGUGUGUGUGUUUUUUUUUUUCCGUGUGCGUGAAUGCGUGUGUAUGUCUCUGUGGUUAUGUAUACACGACCCCAGAGCCUUGGGAUUCCAUGGCUGACAUUCAGUGUUUCGCUCUAGCUCUCUCUCCAUCUCUUUCUUUCUGAUGUUUUGUUUUUUUUGUUUUUUUUUUUUUUUUGAAAAUAACAACAUGGGUCAUUAUUUCGUCAACAGGCUCCGACACCCACGUUUCCCCCCGUUUUUUUUUUCAUUUAUUACAUCAUAGUUUGAUUCUAACUAUGUUGAUUUCAACUGAACGAAAGAUGUUCUUUUAUUAUUUAAUGGGCUAAAAUAAUCGCGAAAAGUUCGCGGGAGAUUCAAAUUUUGACAUUGCCCUCACCCUGCAAGCUCCACCCUCACAAACAAGACAUGUUGUAUUAUAUUAUAAACUAAAUAGUUGUGUUAUUAUCGUUUUAUUUUUGCCCAGUUUGUUUUUUUUGUUUUUUUUUGUGUUUUUCGAUGUGGAAGAAUUUUUGUUGGUGGUUCAGUUCUUUUUCAAACCAUUCGCCGACGAUGAUGGCACAUUCCGAAUUUUUCAAUUUUCUCUCCUUUUUACCGUAUGCGAUGACGUGUCCCCCAACCGUUUUUCUGUUGUUUUUUCUUUGAGGGGGGAUUUUUUUUCGUUCUCUUUUUUUUCUUUUCGGGAACAGGAAAAAUGAGAUGAAAAUGUUUUUGCGUGGAGGACCGAGUUCCUCACGUCUUAAAACAUCUCCAUGUAAUAUUCGUUGAAGACGCAUUCCCUCUAAAUUCAAUCGAAAACAAAAAAAGAAAUCAUUUUCUUUCACUCUCCCCGCCCCCCCCCUCCGAUUUUUUUGAAAAACAAUUCAACUUACCCGACCUUAUUAUUUUUCUUAAAUUAAAUUAAAUUAAACAAAAAAAAAACAAUUGUGUUGUUGUGUUGGAAAUUCAUUUGUCUUUCGUGAUGAUGGGGCAGUAUAUAUUACAAUGUGAUGGAUGCUGACUGUUCUUUCUGUAGAAUUUAUCCGUGGCUUCUGGCAAUACAAA